UCCGAAUGAGGACUAUGCGAUGGGGGUUGUUUUGAUUAAAACGGACGAAUAACUCCAGCUUUUCUUUUUUGCUAUAUUGAAAACAAGAUGUUUUUAAGGCAUUUCGAUCCUCGCGAUUACAACUGGUGCAUACAGUACAGUAUAGUUUGGUAAUAAUUCUUGUUAAAACAACUGAACAACUUUUUUCAAGUGCGGUAUUAGACAGCGGUUCUAUGCUAAGCUAACUUGCUAGCUAAAAGUGUGGUAUGUACUAAAGAUAUGGAUGUAACUUAUGCAAACAGCUAUUUAAAUCUUACAUAUCAAAAUAUCUGCUGAACGACCUUUGCGGUGCCCUUCAGAUCGGAGCCUCUUGCAGUAGUUUGAGCGCUCCGAGAGCAGGGGCAGGUGCACCUCCUGCGGCACCUGCGAAAACUUUGCAACCAACCCAUCAGUGAAGUAGAGGCUAGCUUUAGCUCCUGCGCGUUAGCUUUCAUCAGACCAGGGGUGAUAUGCUUGAGAUCAUUGUACGAUUUGCCUGUUUAUGAGAGCACCGCUUACUAAGCAUUUAUUACUGAUGACGCUAGUCACAUAUUCUCGCUUUUGAAGUAACUUUGCUCUGGAGUGACCGUGGGACAUUUGAGGAGCGGCGACGUGGAUACGGAGUGGGUGCUCUCAGGACUUUGGACACAGGGAGCCUGCACUGCGCAGGGCAGGGAAUUCCCCUUUGCUCUCAUUUUCUCCUGUCAUGUCAGAUGCGACAUAACAAUGCUAUUUAAACAUACUUUUUACCGUCAAUAUUCUACAGUUUGACCUAAAGGCUCUGCACCCUAUGGUGCCGCUACGGCCACUAAGAUAUGGAUGUCUCUCAGGCCGCUUUCCCAAACGGUGAAGGGCGGCCGGAAGGCGGUGGGACGGGGGAGCAUGGCUGGACUGAGCCCCCCACAGCGCGGUCAUGGGCCCACUCUGCCCCUCUGUGCCCAUCUCGGUCCCUGUGGACAGCUGCUUAUGACUAUGAGGCCAGCGGGGAAGACGAGCUCAGUCUGCGUCGUGGGGACGUGGUGGAGGUUCUGUCCAAGGACGCUGCUAUAUCUGGUGACGAGGGCUGGUGGACGGGUAAAGUUAACCACCGGGUCGGGAUUUUUCCAUCGAACUAUGUCACUUAUCAGCCUGCAAUUUAUCGUAUCCCUGCCACCACUACGCCAGAGCGAGUGCCAGGCUCUCCUGUACAGAUUCCAUUCAGUGAACUGGUUUUAGAAGAAAUCAUAGGCGUGGGCGGAUUUGGCAAAGUUUACCGGGGAACAUGGAAAGAUCAGGAGGUGGCUGUGAAGGCCGCUCGGCAAGAUCCAGACGAGGACAUAACAGCUACCGCUGCCAGUGUUAAACAAGAAGCAAAACUAUUUUCAAUGCUGCAGCACCCGAACAUUAUCAAGCUAGAGGGCGUUUGUUUGGAGGAGCCAAACCUGUGUCUGGUCAUGGAAUAUGCCCGAGGUGGGACUCUAAACCGGGCACUGACGGGAAGACGUAUCCCACCUCACAUCUUGGUUAAUUGGGCCGUGCAAAUCGCUAGAGGGAUGCACUAUCUGCACGAAGGAGCCGUAGUACCCAUCAUUCACCGGGACCUAAAGUCUAGUAACAUUUUAUUACUUGAAAGGAUUGAGAAUGAUGACAUCGGGAGGAAGACAUUGAAGAUCACAGAUUUCGGCCUGGCUCGGGAGUGGCACAAAACUACAAAGAUGUCUGCCGCCGGAACGUACUCCUGGAUGGCCCCAGAGGUCAUCAAGUCGUCCCUCUUCUCCAAAGGCAGUGACGUAUGGAGCUAUGGUGUUUUGCUGUGGGAGCUGUUGACUGGAGAAGUGCCAUACAGAGGGAUUGAUGGCCUUGCAGUUGCAUAUGGUGUUGCGGUCAAUAAACUAACGUUACCCAUCCCAUCCACAUGUCCUGAACCCUUUGCCAAGCUCAUGGAAGAAUGCUGGGACCAGGACCCCCACGUGCGCCCCUCCUUCUCCUGUAUCCUGGAGCAGCUGUCGGCCAUAGAGGAGGCUGUGAUGGCCACUAUGCCCCAGGACUCCUUCCAUAUUAUGCAGGACGACUGGCGUGUGGAAAUCCAAGAAAUGUUUGAUGAGCUUAGGACCAAAGAGAAGGAGCUGCGUUCGCGAGAGGAGGAGCUGACGAGAGCUGCUCUUCAGCAGAAGUCUCAGGAGGAGUUGUUGAAGCGCAGGGAGCAGCAGCUGGCAGAAAGAGAGAUCAAUGUGCUGGAGAGAGAGCUCAACAUCCUCAUCUUCCAACUGAACAAAGACAAGCCCAACGUCAAGAAGAGGAAGGGCAAAUUCAAACGCUCCCGCCUCAAACUUAAGGAUGGGAACCGCAUCAGUUUGCCCUCAGAUUUCCAGCACAAGAUCACAGUGCAGCCAUCGCCCUCCAUGGACAAGAGGCGGAGUCUGGGCACCAGCUCGUCCCCCCCCAGCAGUCCCACUCUCAUCCCACGGCUACGGGCCAUUCAGCUUACUAAAGAUGAGAGCAAUCGUACAUGGGGCCGCAGCUCCCUCUUCAGGCCGGAGGAGUUUGAUGAUGUGAAGAAGGGAAUCAAAAAGAAAGGGAGAACAUGGGGACCCAGUUCAGUGCAGACCAAGGAGAGGCCGAAUGCAACAGAGAGAGUGCGGCCUCUCUCUGACGGCAGUAACCCCUGGUCCACCACUCUGGAUAAGUGUCAGAAGAAUGCCCCACUAGCUGCUCUUUUUGCUGAACAAGCUGGUCUCAGUAAAGAUGAAAUGUUUCCUUUGGACUUUUCUGACAGUAGCAUCAAACCAAAGCAGCUGAAGUUCCCCAACCAGGUCUAUAUAGAUCUACCUCUGUGGAGGGACGAGCAGCAGCCACAGAGUCCCAGUGGACAAAGUGGGUUGGGGGACAGCAGCGCAGGUUCAGUGAGUCUGAGUGGUCCCUCGGAGACUCCUGAAGACACCACCACCACGUCGACCUCCUCUGCCUCCACCACACCUCAGCAUACCCCCACCAACAGUCUGAAGAGGACUGCUGCCCGCCGUAAAACUGACACAGUGCUGUAUGGGUGUGGCUCUCUGUUAGCAUCGGUCGUCCUAGGGUACGACCUACGGGAGGCACUUAAGAACUCUGCCCCUGCGGAGGAGUCCGAGCCACAGAAGGAAGAGAAGAAAAAGAAGGAGGGGCUUUUCCAACGCGCCACCAGGUUUCGGCGAAGCACCUCACCUCCAAACACCCGGCCCCGGAAAGACGAGGCGCCCAAUCACACCACAUCCACAGCCACCGCGGUCAACUUGCUUUCCAUGUCAGCUAUCAUGGAGUGUAACUCCACCAAAUGUCUUUUACAGUCUGAGGCAGAGCUCCCUCAGACUAGCCCUGUGAAGGAGGAGCCAUCCGUCACCAACAGCUCCUCACAACCUCUCAAGCAAGACCCUACAGUGAACAGUCCAAGCAAUAAAUCCACAGUACACACAGUACAUACAGCACAGCAGAACACAGCACAGAGCAGACACCCCCCAGAGGUCACCAACAACAACCCAGCAACACGCCUGCGCCGUAAGAAGUACAACAACCAUAUCACAAAUGGCCCAACCACACUACCAAACCCCAUGACAGUGCAGAAGAAGCAGGAGAAGAAUGGUGGGACAGAUGCGCCCCCUGCAGGCGAAGGCGGGCCCAAACCUCGGCCUGUGUCUUUGAGGGCCCUGCUGAGGGGCAGUAAAAAAAGCUACUCUCUGGGCCACCUGACUGGAGAUAAGGCAGCCCAGAGCUUGAGUAUGGUGCUGGGCUCAGAGGUGUCUGUGGGCUGCUCUCUGCUGGACAUGGACACAGAGGGACAGAAGAGAGACUGCACUGUGCCUCUCUGCCGCAUUCAGAGCUCCCCCGGGAGACCCUCGCUCUUUGAACUGGAGAAAGAGUUCCUCUCAUAGAUGUCCCAUAGGUGACCGUGGACCAGAUGUGGUUUAGAGACAGGAUACUGCCUUAUUGUUCUUUACUGUAGAAGCAGUCAUGUUGUUUCUGCUAAGUUUUCUAGUGCCUCUCCAAGUCUCAAGGAAAGUGCUCUCCCUCAGAUGAGUUGUGUAAGGCCUUAGAUGUGGAACAGGAUUUGCUUAUUUCCACCUUUGUUCACACUUCUGCCUUCACCUUUCUCUGUUCUGUUCGUGCAGCUAAACGUUGACCGCAGCUGCACCCUUUGCAACAAAAACCCUCACCUUUAUAUUUAUAUAUAUUUUUAUAGGUAAUUUAAUAUGAAGAAACUUGACUUUAGCAGAGUCAUGUACCUAUGCUUUUAGAUUUUGGCUGAGAAUCAUGCAUGUGCCCUAAAAUGUUGAACACAUUUUCUUCUUAUUUGUACAUAUGUCUUACUUCUUGAUUUCUUCCAAUGCUGCAAGCUGUUUGUGCUGCAUAUGCAGUACAGUCUGUACGGGUGCCUAAACCUGGUCUUCCCAAAAUGCCAGAGUUACUACUGAGUCUUUUAUUCAAAACCCGGAUUGGUUUUACUGGGUCACAUGUUUCUAAUAUAGAUUAUGUAAAAGUAUUAGAAAUAGCCUUCUCUUUUUUCUACUUUAUUUUUUGUAUGGUCAAUUUUUAAAUUCUAGUCAUUGAAAGAUUGCACAGUCUGGGAGUGGUCAUAACAGAAAAAGCAAUACUGUCACAGCAGGUGUAUUAUGCAACAAAUGCAUUUCUAAAAGUAUGUACAUGUCUUAGUGCCUUUCAAAUAUGCACAUCUGAGUUUACAAAACGUUUACAUUGAAGUCUUGCUCUCCCAAACACAUGGGUGCUGUGUAAAAAAAAAAAAAAAAAGGACAGUGUUGAAAUUGUUCAGUGCCACAGGUAUAUUAUGUCCUCUAGUUGAAGUAGGGCUCACACUGUACACAGUUCAAAAUGGCCACUCCCACAUACUUCCUUAAAAACAAAUAUAACAUCUUUUCUCUGAGCUAUUGACUGAUGAUUGCUGAUUGCAAACUUAAAUCACUGUUCUUCUGAAAUUGUUUUUUUUGUUUGUUUGUUUGUUUGUUUUAUUGUACACUUUUGGAGCAUCGACUUCCAAAUUGUGUAUAUACUGUAUUAUUUUCCUUGGCUGUGUAUAUGGUCUUUUCAGCUCAUGUUGAAUGUGAACUGCUGUGUAUUGUAUGACUGCUGUUGCAACACUGUCAAGGCCCCACUGAUCAACAGGUGCAACCGUAAACGCCUGCUAUGAAGUCCAGUCAGUGCGACAGUUGAGUUCGGCCCCACAAAUCAUGGUUAUAAAAGUGUAUGUUGCCAUAUUUGGGCGAAACGUUGAUGCUAGUGACCACUGUGCCUAUGACAUUCCAUUCAGUUUGACAUAACUGUAGCAAUAAUGUGAGACUGUUGGCUAUGGGACCAAAUUACUAUUCAAGACUAAGGUGUCUUUCUCCAGGACCAAAACCACUGAUCCUAGCUGCUAUUGGGGAGUUUUGAACUUCUCUGUCUAAAAUGUAAUGAACAACCCCUCAUUGUGAGCAUUUGUGUAUCACUGGCAUUACAUCAGUGAUCGGUUAACUUAACAGUAUUGGUUACUUCACCACUGAUUCAAGUAUCAACAUUUUAAAUAAAGGCUAAAUUAA